AUGCGUUUUGGUUGGACGCUGCAAGGAUGUCAGGCGAGUCGUACGAUACAGCACCGAUUGAACAUUCACACGUGUGAUUGCCAAAAACAAUAUGACGAGCUACAUGGAACUGUGAAAGAGUUUUUCGCUAUGGAAUGCCCCAAACCGACGCAGCUGCUAUCACAGGACGACGAGAAAGCUGUCAUAGGCAAGGGUGGUGUAUGCGGCGUUAUCGCCGAAAUGUUUCAUCGUGUUAACAUACGAGAAGGCGACAUGCACGCGCAGAGCUUCUUGUGGUACGAUGAAGGCGACCAAGCUCGGUAUCCAAGCAUUUACGUCAUGCGCGCUAUGACGUUUGGGCUAAAUUGUGCGCCUUGUAUCGCACUCUUUAUACGCGACAAAAAUGCAGACGACUUCAAAGACCAGUUCCCUCGGGCAGUUGAGCCAAUUAAGAAAAGUCAUUAUGUGGACGACCUGAUCGAAAGUGCAGAUGACGAAAAAUCUGCUCUGGAACUAGCAAACCAAAUAAAACAAAUCCACGCUGCUGCAGUCUUCCAAAUACGUGGUUGGUCUUCAAACUUGACGUCCGUACUCGAAAAGCUAGAGGAAGACCCAAUUACUACCGCGAAAACUAAAGAAUGGGGCUCGGCGACGAAGGUCCUAAGUAUGUCUUGGGACCCCCUUAAUGACAGUUUUAAGUAUAUUUGCAGGUUCACGAAGCUUCGCCGAGACGUUGUCAAUGAAUCACUCAUACCAACAAAAAGGGAGAUUCUGCAAGUACUUAUGUCAAUCUUCGACCCACUUGGAUUCGUAAGCUGCUAUACCAUAGGCCUAAAAAUUAUACUGCAAGAAGUAUGGCGCGCCGGAAUCGCUUGGGACGAGCCGUUGCGCGACGAUCUAAACAACAAAUGGUGUCAAUGGAAAAACGUAAUGCAGCUUAUACGUGACGUCGAUAUAUCCAGAUGUUUUUCUCCAUUAUUGCGAGAUGCACAAGACGUCCAACUCCAUACUUUCGUGGACGCGGGGGAGGGCGGCUACGCAGCAGUCUGCUAUCUGCGGGUUAAGAGAGAUGACGAUGUAACGGUUUCCCUUGUAGCCGCGAAAACGAAAGUUGCGCCAUUGAAACCACUCUCUAUCCCAAGGCUUGAGUUUCAAGCAGCCGUGAUCGGCACAAGGCUGGCCGAUAUGGUAACGAGUGUGCAGCGAAUCCCUAUUAAGUCGAAGCAUUGGUGGACGGAUUCCAUAACCGUACUGCGUUGGAUUCGUAUGGAUCCAAAACGCUUCCACCAAUUCGUUAUGCACCGAGUGGGCGAAAUCCUGGAAGCUUCGAAUGUCAACCAGUGGCGUUGGGUUCCAUCGAAAGCUAACCCCGCCGACGUAGCCACCAAAUUUACAACGCGAUCAAACUACCGGCUCUGGUUCACUGGCCCGGACUUCUUAGUUUUGGACCAAAAAGCAUGGCCGCAGUGUGACGAAAUGAGUGUUAAUACGAUUAAAGUUCCAGAGCUCAGAAAUUUCGUUUUGCGUAUCGACGGGCUGCAGUUGCAAAAAAUUACAGUCAACGCCGAAUACUUCUCCAACUGGAAACGUUUAUACCGAGCCGUGGCCACAUUUGCGUUAUAUGUGAACAGGCUGCAAUCACUGAUAAGAGGCGCUAGGUCUAAAAAGAUCACGAUAGACUUCGAGGAUACGAAACGAGCCCAAAGUUUCCUGGUGAAAUACGCACAGAGUACCGAAUUUAGUGAAGAGAUUAGUUACCUACAACGCG